UGCUGGAAGAUCCGGCUGUUCAUGUGGGAGCCAGUGCUGUUUGGGCCCUGGGAUGGUAUGUUCACAUCCUGCAUGAUCAACAUUUGUGGGGUCGUCCUUUUCUUGAGGACUGGCUGGCUAGUGAUGAGCGCUGAGCUGGGAAACACAGGUGUGCUCCUGAUGUCCAUUGUCGCCUUUGUCACCUUGUUGUCUGGCAUCGGCGUGGGAAAAAAGGGGAUGGGCAGUGGUGGCAUCUAUUCCCCGAUCUCCUCGGUCCUUGGCGGGCAUGGAGGUACCACCGGGCUGCUGCAUGUGUUUGGGCAGGGGAGCAGUGGCUUGCAGGUGCCAUGUGAUAUCACGGGCUUUGCUGAAUCCAUCUCGGGUCCGCUGGGCCUUGGGGAUAUCUGGGCUGUGUGAGGAAUGUCCGUCACAGUGCUUCUGGCUUCCCUAGGGAUUAACCUAGCCGGUGUCAGGUGGAUAAUCCGCCUCCAGCUGUGGCUGCUGUUUUUGCUGGCCGUGCCAACGCUGAACUUUGUGGUGGGUUCCUUCACCCUCCUGGACCCAGAACAUGGUUUUAUUGGAUAUUCAGCAGAACUGCUACAGAACACCACUCUGCCAGGUUAUAGCCCUGGGGAGUCUUUCUUCGCUGUGUUUGGGGUAUUUUUCCCAGCAGCUACAGGAGUCAUGGCCGGCUUCAACAUGGGAGGUGACCUCAGGGAGCCUGAUGCCAGCAUCCCUCUGGGCUCCCUAGCAGCUGUUGGCAUAUCCGAGACGAUGCGGCCUUUGACCGAAGAGGAGACCCGAGUCAUGUUCAAGAAGAUCGCGAAAUACAUCGGGGAGAACCUGCAGCUGCUGGUGGUCAGGCCCAAUGGCAUCUACUGCUUCCAGCUGCUGAACGACCGCAUGUUCUGCAUCAUGUCCCUUGUUGGCCUCCUCUUCCUUUUGGGUUUAUAUAUCUCAUCCCUGGCCUCUUGUAUGGGAGGAGUCCACGGAGCCCCCAGGAUCCUGUAGUGCGUCGCCCAGGAGAAAGUGAUUCCUGCACUCACCUUUCUGGGGCAAGGGGGAAGACCAAAUAAAACACCUGCAACAGCCAUUUGUCUGACCAGCUUGGUGACCAUGGCCUUUGUCCUUGUGGGUCAGGCGAACAUCCUGGCACCCAUUGUCACCAUCAAUUUCAUGGUGACAUACAUCGCAAUUGACUGCUCUUACUUCUCCCUCCCCAUGGACCGUGGCAGCCACCCCCAGAUGCCCAAACUAAUGCCCACAGGAUUCUCAGAGGCUCUCCACUGCUCCAAGCACCUGCUCCAGGAGAAUGCUCCCAGCUACGGCUUGGGGGGCUGUGGCAGGAGCCUCUGUGAGGGCACUCUGCUGGAACUCACCAAGGAUGUGGACCAGCUCUUCAAGCUAACUACCAGGCUUGAGCGUAACCAGCCUGGGCCAGGACGAGGUAACAGGAUCCCGGAGAGUCCGAAGAAGCAAAAUAAGAAAGCCACCAGGCAAACCCUGUGAGAUAGCUUCCUUUAGGACCUCAACACCUUCACGUCCUUUGCCACUGGGGUCUCUGACAGGUUGCCCAUCGCCUCCUGGAAGGGGCAGGGGUCCCACCAGAACCAGCAGACUUCUAGGAGUGAAGGGUCUCAUCCUGGACCAACUUCUUUCUACACCCAAAUGUGCAAUCCCUGGGUCUCCCUAUUAGGAGUGAGUAAGUCUCUUCUCAUCAUGCUCGUGAUCCAGUGGGUCUGUACCCUGGCCAGCAUGGGUGCCGUUGCUGCCCUGGAUUUCUAUAUUGGCUGGGCCAGUCCAGGUCUUUCCCUUGGAUCAGCCUCCAGCGUCAGCUUUUUCCAAUGGAUGAAGUCAUUUUUGAUCUCCAACUGCAGGUCUGUGCCAAUUUGGGGCUGGUGCCAGGAUGGAUGA